ACCCAUCAGUCAUUUUCCGCGCAAGAGGAUGCCGAUCCGGGAUAAAUUUGUACCGGGCAGCAGCACGUACCAUUUCAAUAAUUACGAUGCACUCGAGUUUGACGAAAUGAAUAGUCGUCCAGCCUACGAGGCGGCGCACCGGCGAGCGUCGGAGGAGAGGAGCCACAAGAUGGGCCGAAGCGGAUACACGUGUGUGAGGCACACCUUUUGCUCUAUUAAUGUCAUCCUAUGGCUGUCUGGGUGCGGCCUUCUGGGAGCGGGGCUCUGGCUUCGGCUAGCAUACGAAGGGUACACAGCCCUCCUACCCCAGCAGAGCGUUUUAAGCGCAGACAACCUCCUAACCGGCAUCGGGGUGGCUAUGUUUGUUGUUGCCUUCUUCGGAUGCUGCGGGGCCUGGUUCCAGAGCAGGUGCAUGCUUGUCAUGUAUUUCAGUCUCGUGGUGUUCCUCUUCGUGCUUGAAUUCCUGUUGGCAGCUGCUGGGUUCUUGCUGCGCGUCCCACUUGGCUCGUACUUGGUGGACGAACUGCGGCUUGGCAUCUAUCAGAACUAUGCUCUGAACCCACCCUCCAGCUUGGCAAUACUUUGGGAUCACACUCAAUACAAUUUUGGUUGCUGCGGAAUCACCAAUCAUGAGGAUUGGUAUGACACAAACGCUUGGCCAGGUCAAAACUACGUGCCUAAUUCUUGUUGCCUCCCCAAAUUUUCGAAUAUGACAGAUUGCGGGAAGUCUGAAGAUCCAGACAUGUGGUAUUCUAAAGGAUGUGCCGAACAAGUUCAAAUGUUCUUUGUUCAGAGAUUACACGUGGUUGGAGUUAUAGGAUUGAUUGUAGCUUUCAUACAGCUAUUUGGCUUGAUAUCCUCAAUGCUGCUGUUCUGCACGGAUCGUCAUCGAAGGAAUUCGUACAAGUCGUAUGAACAAGCUUAAGUGCUGAUCAGCAAACACCACUCAUCGCAUUUCACGAUCACCUAAACCGCGAGUGCAACAUCAGUUGAAUGAAAAAAAUCGUGUUUUUAUCAAACAAUGUUGUGCCAACACUCAUUUUUAACAACUAUACUACUGUAUUUAUGCAAAACGUAUCUUGACAUAAUUGCUCGCUCGACCUUAUUCAGCAAGUGCCAACGGUGCGAAAAUUCAUAUCAAUCCUAAAUAUUUUCAUAGUGGCUUCCAUGGCUCAGAGGUGAUAUUGAUUAGCACACAUAGGAAUGUGGCUCUGAAAAGCUCACUCGUCUUCAUUUGUGCUGGACCCGUAAUCUCAAAUGUUUUGUGACUGCAUGUUGAUGUCUACUAUGGCUAAUAAAAAUUUUAAUUCCA